AUGAUCGAUUUAUAUGAUGUAAUUAUAAUUGGUUGUGGUCCAUCUGGUAUUGGUGCUGGUAUUGAAUUUGAAAAAAUGAAAUCAAAUAUAAAAUAUGUUAUAUUAGAAGCACGAGAUCGUAUUGGUGGUCGAGCUUAUACCGAUAUAACAACAUUUGAUGAAAAUACUCCAGUUGAUAUUGGUGCACAUUAUCUUUGUCACCAUGAAGAAAAUAAUUAUUUACGUAGUCAUUAUAUUUCAUCAGAUAAAGAUUUUAUUGAAUCAGAUUCUUAUGAUAAAUUAACAAUGAAAAUAUUUCAUGAAAAUGGAAAUCUCAUUUCUGAUGAUUUAAUUAAUAAAGCUAUGAAAUAUGUUGACGAUUUAUUAUUAAGAACAAAAGAAUAUUCAAAUGAAAUAUCUGAUAUAUCAAUCUAUAAUUUAAUUCGAAAUCAAUUAGAAAAUAUUCAUGAUAAUAAUAUAAAAUCUGUUAUUAAAAUGUGUCUUAGUUAUAUCGAAUGUCAUGAAGGUUCAAAUUUAAAUGAACUUUCAAGUAAAUGUUAUGGAAAAGGUGAAGGAAAUCUUAUAGAAUCUGAUCUAUCAAUUUUUAAUGGUUUAGGUACAUUAGUUAAAAAUAUCGCAUCAAAAUCUAAUCUUUCAAUUCAAUUCAAUAGUAUUGUUACUAAUAUUAAUAUAUUAAAUAAUAUUGUUGAAAUAAAAACAAAAGAUAAGAAAAAAUAUUUAUGUAAAUAUGUUUUAUUAACAAUUCCAUUAGGUUGUUUAAAAUCUAAUUCAAUUAAUUUUUCUCCAUCAUUACCUCAAUGGAAACAAGAUGCAAUUGAAAAAAUGGGUUUUGGUUUAUUAAAUAAAAUUUAUCUUCAAUUUUCUAAUAGAUUUUGGGAUAAACAAUUAAAAAGAAUAACUAUUGUUAAAGAUCAAUCACAAUUUUAUUAUUGUUUACCUGAAUAUUCUAUGUUAGCAUUAUAUGUAUCAGGUUAUCAAGCAAGACAAUUUGAACAAAAAACUGAUAAACAAAUUGUAGAUGAUAUAUUUCAAUCACUUAGGCAAAUUUAUCCAAAUAUAACUUAUCCAAUAAAAUGGUUAAUAACAAGAUGGGGAUCAGAUCCAUUUUCUCAAGGUUCAUAUUCAAGUUUUCAUGUUGGAAGUAAUAUUGAAACUUUAAAAGAAUUAUCUCGUGAAACACAUGAUGGACAUGUUUGUUGGGCUGGAGAACAUACUAAUUAUAAUGGAUCGAUUGGUUAUGUUGAUAGUGGAUUUGAAAGUGGAAUACGUGAAGCGAAAAGAAUUCUUAAUAAACUUCAAUUAUCAACAGAGAUUAACAUUAAUUAA